AUGCCCGGUGACAUACUGUAUGGUAAUAAAUAUAAGUACAUUUUGUCGGGAAUCGAUGCUGCUUCCAGAUACAAGGUAGCCCGACCUUUGAGGACUAAGAAAGCCAAAGAGGUUGCCGCUAUGAUUGAGGACAUCUACAAGGCAGGACCAUUAACUUAUCCGAAAACUUUCCAAUGUGAUAACGGCUCAGAAUUCAAGGCAGAUGUAUCAAAGCUGUUGGAGAAGCAUAAGGUUGAAAUUAAAAGAGCGACUACAAAAUAUAAGCAUACACACACAGCUUUUGUUGAGGCGUUGAACAAGAUACUUGCCGAAAAUUUAUUCAAAAUACAAGAUGCCCAAGAACUGAAUGAUUCGGAAAAGGUAUCAUCUACAUGGGUUAAGCAUCUGUAUAAACUGAUUGAUAGGCUAAACGAUACAAAGACGCAGAUGAUUGAUAUGAAGCCAAAAGAUGCUAUUAUAAUGAAAGAGGUGCCUUUGGUUAAUCAAGAGAGCUAUCCACCUGAAGUAGAAUUACCUAAAGAUGGCUUGUAUAGAUAUCUACUACAACCUGGUGAAGAGCAUGAUGAUGGGCGGAGACGGGCAACCGAUAGAAUAUGGUCGAAAAACACAUAUAGAUUGCGUGAGGUAAUAGCGCAACCUGGUCCGUCUUGAACAUAGUACAUUACACGGUUACCAGGUUGCGCUAUUACCUCACGCAAUCUAUAUGUGUUUUUCGACCAUAUUCUAUCGGUUGCCCGUCUCCGCCCAUCAUCAUGCUCUUCACCAGGUUGUAGUAG